GAGCCCGCCGGGCCUGGCGCUUCAGGGCAGCGGUAACGUCUGCUUCUUACUGUCUUUCGGUGGCAGGACCGCGUUCCAGCGUGCCGCGGAAACUUCAGUCUUCGGCUUUAGUACGCUGGAAUUAUCCUUUUCUUUGUGAAACACAGUCAUGACAGAUCAAGAGUAUGUUCUUUGCACGUGGAAGAAGCGUUUAUGGCCAGCAAAGGUUUUGUGCAAAACUGGAGUUGCUGGGAAAACAUCUGUUACUAACGCGAAGGAGACUUCUUUUAAAGUUGAAAUACUUGGCUUGAAAGAACAGAUUAGUGUGAACUGUGCGGAUGCUGUACCACUGAAGGAAGAAUGUAUAGAAAACAUCGCCUCUAACUUAGAUCAAAGGAAUAAUUCGAGUGAGGCUGUGGAAGAACUGAAAUAUCGCCGUUCUCUUAAAAUUGCCCUGGAUAUUUUGAAUCAAAAUGGCUCAGCCAGACAAGUACCACCUUCAGAAGAAGGACCAAAUACUCAGUUGUCCCAGGAGAACAGUGCGGGAUCUAUCUCAUCUACCCCCUUACGUAGAUGUCGAUCGCUCUGUCGCUCUAAAGAAAAACUGGAGCCUGAGACUUCCAAGAAGAAAAGAGAACAAAAAAGUAACCCCAGCCUGAAGGCUGAUACAAAAAAACAAAACCAGAAAGGUUCUUUCAUUUUGGAGGAGAGCGCUAAAGCGCAUGAAAGUGGAACUAACCCUUCCAAAUGUGGUACUGGGGACUUGUAUAAUACAUCAAACUCAGAUAGUCAAAAUUGCAAAACACCAGAAUCAAAAUCGUCACCAAGACAGAAAAAAAUCAAGCCCGGAUUGCUGACAAAGUCCAAAACAGGAAAUAAAGUCUCCCUUAAGCCCAAGGAGGAAAAAAGUAAGCAAGGAAGAAAAAGAUCAAGAGGUGCAGGAUCACCUGUGUCGCGUAGGAACGAUUUCCCCAAGGAUCAAGCACAGCCCCUUGCUGAGGAAGGGUCGCCCCUGUCUGUCCCCUGCAAGUCUGACACAGUGGUACCUGUCAGGAGGGCAAACACCAGAAGUCGACCUAGAAGGACGUUACUAGAUUCCUCUUGUAAAAGUGCCUCGGAUGGCUUGGAAAAAAGCAUCAGUAGUGAGAGCGAAAGUCUGGCAAAGCAAUUGGAUGGAAGAAAAAAGCCAGUGAGUUUGAAACGGGUUAAUGGAGAACAAGAGAUCGGUGCAACUGUGUCCCCGCACAGAAAAAGGAAAAGCAGGAAUCGCCCCGAAUCUUCAUCUGGGCCUUCUAACCAUGGGACGCUUUCUGAUAGCUUCCCCUCUCAGUGUAAAGAGGAGGAAAAUAGGAAUACUUCACAUGUGGUUAUGAAUACAGUAAAGCAGUUUCAGCUGCCUGACUUUGAGGAAGAUGAAGGACUGGAAUCGUCUGACCUGUCUUCAAAGAUAGUUUCCUCAGAGAGUCUCUCUCGCCUCUCAGCUCUGGUAGAUGAAGAGGAGGAGGAUGAAGAACUUCCUAGUAUUUUAUCACAUCAAGAACCACAAUCAAUUGAAGAAGGGAUUUUGGUCUGGUGCAAAUUGCGAAGGUAUCCUUAUUGGCCAGCAGUGGUAAAAUAUGUGAAGUGGAAACACAGGAAGGCGUGUGUGCUGUUAAUAGAAGGGAAUACAAAUAACAAGAAAAAAGGUUUCUCAAUAUCUCUUAAGAAUCUGAAGCACUUUGAUUGUGAAGAAAAGCAGGACCUCAUAGAACGAGCCAAAGAAGAUUAUCGCCAAGAAAUUGAGUGGUGUAUUCGAUUGAUUUCUGACUAUCGAAUUAGAGUAGGUUGUCAUUCUUUUACGGGAUCCUUCUUGGAAUAUUUUGCUGCUGAUAUCAGCUACCCAGUUAGAAAGGAAGGUUAUCAAGGUUUAGUCCAAAUGAGCUUUCCAAACGCGGCAGAGGAAGAUGUUGAAGAGUCUUCAUCAGAAACGUCACCUCAGAAGCCCUCCAAGAAACUUCUUCCUGACAGAACAAGAGCCGCUAGAGAUAAAGCGAAUAAAAAGAUAGUGGAGUUUAUAGUGAAGACUAAGGGGGCCGAAGAGCAUCUGUUGGCUAUUUUGAAAAGCAGAAAACAAUCCCGGUGGCUGAAGGAAUUCCUGAAUUCAAGUCAGUACGUGACCUGCGUUGAAACUUAUUUAGAGGAUGAAGAACAAUUAGACCUUGUAGUGAACUACUUGAAGGAAGUAUAUCGUGAAAUAGAUGCUAAAAAUCUGCAUAAAAUAAGUGGAGAUGGAAUAAAAUUUAUUUCGGAUGUCCUUUUGCCUGAAGCCAUCAUUUAUGCGAUUUCUGCUGUGGAUGACAUAGAUUAUAAGAAGGCAGAAGAGAAGUACAUAAAAGGACCAUCUGUGAGCAAAAGAGAGAGAGAAAUAUUCGAUGAAGAAAUUCUAGAAAGAAAAAAGUGGAAGACCAAACUAGCGUCUGCAGACAGCGUCUGAACAGUGGUACAAACUUUCCCAAGUUAUACUGGCACUGAGUGUAUAUAAUGAAGUGGUUAUUUGUACAAAAAGUGUAAUUCUUACUUUUUAAAAUUCGUGUGUAUAUCUUCAAAAGCUGUAGUCACUAUAAUGCUGUACUACUGUCAGAUACAGUUGUAUCUUGAGUCCUCGCUCUCGAUUCUGCGUGCUGGAGCUGCAGACUGCUUCCCUUGGUCUUGCCGUGUCGAACUGCCUGCGAGACGACGCAAACCGCGUAGGAACGCUGCGGUGUGCGGCCGCCUCAGUCCUCACCGUUCGGUGCUCUUAACGUGGAACUUGCAAAGACUGCGAGUGUUUUGCAGAGCUUCUUGAUAUAACGCUAAGUUCUGUAUGAAUUGUUUUGGCCAAAUGUCUGACAAAGGAAGGGCUGUUGUCCGCAAAAACAUGUAAAUUAUGUAGCCCCGUAUUGCCUGAUGCCUGUACUGCUACUGAACGUACGCAGGUUUCCUGUCUGAAAAUGUUUCCGGCGGGUUGCCUAUUCUUGCUUUACAUGUCUCUCAAAGUGUGGGAAAUAAAAUUGGUACCUAGUGCUGCCAUCUGAAUAACAAAGGCUUUGUUUUUGUUGAUAGGACAACUGUAAAAUUCAGUGGAAAAGGAAUCCAAUGUUUGCUUAAAAACCAAAACCCGUUUGCUUUUCCAUUUAAAAGUGAAACAGUUUUGAAUGCUGUUUUAUUGGUUUUUUUGAGGCCAUAAUUUUAGAAACACUUUUAAUUGUCUUUUUCUAUCUGAUUUAAGUAUCAGAUUUAAUCAUGUGCUGUUCCCUCCGCCAGCUUUUGCUAAAGCUGUAGCAUAUUGCAAAUUGCCUUUGACAGACUUGCAGUGUUAUUGAGAACUGUUUAAUGAUAAAAACCCAAUGAUCACUAUUUUUCUAUAUUAUAAUGACAAUGUGAUCUACUUGCUUGUCCAAUAGAAACCAAGAUGAUUUGAAAUUAAGGAAGAAGUUUAAAUGUAAAUUGGGAUACAGAUGUGUAUUCUGGCUACAGUAAUUAUCUGAAUAUAUUUUAAUUACACUUUUAAUUACUCUGUACUCUCUAAUGAGUUUCAAUAUGCAUUUGGAAUCCUUGUUCACGUUAUCGAAGGGACAUUCACAAGUACCUAAAUUAUAGGAAUAUAACAGGUAUUUAACUGGACUAUCCUUUAUUUUUCAUUAAAACCUGUGAGAAGGGAUAAUGCAUUUUCUGUGACGGUAUAAAAACUCAGUGACGAGCUGAUAGAGUUUACCUCGGGAGCUGUGAGUGGCCCUUCCCAACGGAGACGUCUUGGGUCACGUGGAGUUGUUCCAGAAUGCAGAAGCUUCCAGCCCGUGAGCCCGGCUGCUGUUUGUGGCGAUUCAGGGGUCAGCGUAUCCUCGGGUUCUCCCUCCUUUAAAACGUAAUCAUGUGUACGCUUCUCCAUUAAAAUUCCUGUUAAAUACUGUUAAGGUUCUUCUUCAGACCACUGCACAGCAGCAGAGCUCCCCGAUCGCCCUGCCUUUAUCUCAGUCCUUCCUUUUCAUACCUUCCGCCUGAUACUGUCUUACUGUGAUUCGGCGUGGACAAGUUCUCAUUUCAAAAAUCCAACUGCGUUCUCCCCGAGGAUGGCUAAGAGCGCACGUUGCGUUGAAGCACUCUGAAAUGUUUACAUCUUUAAAAACCACUUUCAGCUUCUGAACCAGAUGUUGAAGGUUACUUACAGUACUACUCAUACCUCGAGACCAAAUUCAGUCUUGCGAUGUAGAGGCUUAUGUGGCCUUAAAUCAAUUAAAGUUGGAUG